AUGAAGCACCCCAACGUGUGCAGACUCACAGUAAUGAAGCACCCCAACGUGUGGGGACUCACACUAGUGAAGCACCCCAACGUGUGCGGACUCACACUAGUGAAGCACCACAAUGUGUGCGGACUCACACUAGUGAAGCACCCCAACGAGUGGGGACUCACACUAAUGAAGCACCCCAAUGUGUGGGGACUCACACUAGUGAAGCACCCCAACGUGUGGGGACUCACACUAGUGAAGGACCCCAACGUGUGGGGACUCACACUAGUGAAGCACCCCAACAUGUGGGGACUCACACUAGUGAAGCACCCCAACGUGUGGGGAAUCACACUAGUGAAGCACCCCAACGUGUGGGGACUCACACUAGUGAAGCACCCAAAUGUGUGGGGACUCACUCUAAUGAAGCACCCCAACGUGUGGGGACUCACACUAUUGAAGCACCCCAAUGUGUGGGGACUCACACUAGUGAAGCACCCCAACGUGUGGGGACUCACACUAGUGAAGCACCCCAACGUGUGGGGACUCACACUAGUGAAGCACCCCAACGUGUGGGGACUCACACUAAUGAAGCACCCCAACGUGUGGGGACUCACACUAGUGAAGCACCCCAACGUGUGGGGACUCACACUAGUGAAGCACCCCAACGUGUGGGGACUCACACUAGUGAAGCACCCCAACGUGUGGGGACUCACACUAGUGAAGCACCCCAACGUGUGGGGACUCACACUAGUGAAGCACCCCAACAUGUGGGGACUCACACUAGUGAAGCACCCCAACGUGUGGGGACUCACACUAGUGAAGCACCCCAAAGUGUGGGUACUCACACAAGUGAAGCACCCCAACGUGUGGGGACCCACACAAGUGAAGCACCCCAACGUGUGGGGACUCACACAAGUGAAGCACCCCAACGUGUGGGUAUCACAAUUGUGA